AUAUAACAAUAAAGUUUUAAUUUUUAAAGUCCAAUUUUUGUUCGAUUUCUAUGUACACCAAAAUAAUAUUGUUAUAUAUAUAUAUUAUACUAUAACGUAAGAUUAAAUGUCUUUUAUCAGUGUGUAUUGAAAUCACCAGACACCUCUAUUAUAAAGUGUUCGGUGUUAUACUCAGUGAUACUAUGGUAUAUUAUAUCAUAUUAUUGUAGUUCCGCUGUUUUCAUUAUCAACCAUAAUGACCGCUGAACGAGCAAAGUCAAAAAUUGGUCGUUGGGUCGAUGAAACUAUGAAAGGAAAAUUCGAUAACUUUGUUGGUUCACGAAAGAAAUCAAGCUCCAACACGGCUACAAAAAUAAACAAUGAUAUACCAAUACUGCCGGAUGCAGAAGAAAAUAUUGACGCGGAUUUGUUAUAUACCGUAAAACCCGCAGAGUUGCAUUCGAGAACGACAGAAUCCACUUAUGAAGAGGAAACGAUGAGACCUCCGAUUAAUUUGGUCGAUAUUGAUCUUGGACUAUUAUUCAGCAACAUGACGCAGAAACAUCACUUGGAAGACGUGGACGCGGAUGAACGAGACGUCGGGAGAAUGAUACAGCGGCACCUUAAGUUGUUGAACAUUGGAACUGUAGUCGAAGAUGAACAUUGACAUUUGACAUAGCAUUAUCCUGCACCCUUAUGGCCUUAUAUAAUAUAUUACAUAUAAAUAUAAAUUUAAAAGUUAUAACUUUA